GUUCCUCCAGCCCGAGGGACCGCUCUGGUUCCCCCCCACACACCCCAUUUCUUGCUAGGUUCCGCUGGUCCUGGUGGACACGCGCCGAGGGAGUGCCGCUCGUGUCUUUCUUCCUCGCCGACCGCCCUUCAGAGCCGCCAUGACGCUGCUGGCCUCCGAGAGGUCACUCCUCAUCCGGAACAAGUUUCGCUCAGUGCUGCAGUUGAGGAUUCAGAACCGAAGGCAGAGUGAGAUCAAUGCAGACUCGGGCUUGAAAUCAGCGAGCUCCCCUAAAAAAGAACAAAAAGACAAGAGUGAAGCUCAGCGUCUAAGUGUCAAUGUUGGCGGAAGACAUGAGAAGACGCACCCUAGUGGAGUCCCAGCUGUAACUGUGCAAGGGAAGAGCGAGUGCGGGUCCGCGAGGCAAAAGAAGGCCCGUCGAGACCUCAGAGGUGGGAUCCAAGACCCGCCCACGCCCGCGGAUCCCAGAGACAAACCGCACCCUGACAAGCGCGCCGUCGCUUUCCCGCUGCCUGCAGAUGUUUUCGAAGACGACAUCUCCUCUUGCUCCUCGUCUUCUUCGGUGAGCGAGCCGCACGUUUUCCCCCAACGGGGGGCCUCGGCCUUCGCUUCACCGUCGAGCCUCUCGGAUGAGAGUUCGUCAUCUGUGGGCCCGCCCCGCAACCACAGUCCACUUCGCGCUCAGGCCGGUCUGGCACAGCUCCCGGCAACCGAGGGCCUCCGACCCCCCACGGGCGUCAUGCUGAGUGAAAGCAACUCCAUGGGAACCAUGAGUCGACCAAACGGGAUCUUUCUCAUCUCCCAGACCGCGUCCCUGCUGCCAAAGACAGCUCGGCCGCCCAGUCCUGCCUGUUCCUCUUCCCUGACGCCCGCCUUCAACCUCAGCCAUCUUGCUCGCUCACGGAAACCGCGGGAAAACAAGCCCAAGAUGAAGAAACUCAAGUAUCACCAGUACAUUCCUCCUGACCAGAGAGGGGCUUCUGGGCCUGGAGGGGGAGGAGCCAAACAGAAGAGCCCUCCUACCCAGCCAUUAGACCCGGCAGAAUCUCAGCUCCUCAAGCAGCAGCAGGUCUGUCUGCAGCUGCAAAUCCUUCAGCACCAAGAGCAGCAGCAACUCAACGUCGUGCCCAGGUAUCCACUUAUGUCUGCCACCACCAACCACACGCCAAAGGACACAAACAAUCCGUCGAAACUUGAGCUCCUCCCUGCAAAUCUGGUUGAUCUUAAAGUGUCAGAGUUGAGGCAGCAGCUGCGUAAGCGAGGCCUUCCUGUCUCCGGGACGAAGCCUGCCCUGUUGCAGCGCCUUCGUCCCUUCCAGCUUCCCACUUCAUGUGCUACGCCGGUUCCUCUCUGCCAGUUGGGGGACAGCAUGGAGCAACGGAAGCCCUCUCAUCCGCUUCUGGCCCAUCACAGCCCUGGCUCAAGUUGCAGUUCUGGAGACUCACCUGGGAGCAGUCCGAACCAACAGAUGUACAUCCUUGAUCCAGUCCCGAAAGGCAUUGAAAAUGUUGCCCUGAAUAUUUUCUCCUCUGUUCUUUCCGUUAGUCUGUCCAGUGAACAGUGUGGUCCCAUCAACCCUGUGUUCGUGGCUCCUGCCUGUACCGCCUCUGAAACUCCAAGUCCCAGUUUACCCAUGUCAUCCGCCUCACCCCUGCAGUGCGGUACCACCUGGAGAACUGAGCUCGGUCUGGAGUUUAACAUGAAAGAGAGGAUGAAGUGCAGGGCAAGAGAUGCCGCUGCAAAUACUGUCAAUGAAUCGUGUGCCAGAUCCCUUCAUCCGUUCCUGCAACAGGAACCAGCAUACAUGAGGGGAAACCGGGAAACAGAUGUAGACACGGAGGUGUUGUUUACACAGGUGUUCUGCUCCCAACCGUGCCCCAGCGAUAUGAUUGACCGGGACUUUGAGUUGCCAGUGGAGAUCACUGCAAGUCCUAUCCAAAACUCGCCUGGCAUUCGUAGCUUAGAGGAAGAACUGCAGGAGGCCAUCCAGAAAGUACAGCGGUACCCUCGACAGUCGAUAGAUGACAUUCUGGAUGAGCCCAUUGCUUCUGUUGGCUCUCUCAACGGCCCUAUUGACAAUUCACCUAUCCCGUUAACUCCUCCUCCUCCUCCUCCUCCUCCUCCUCAAGUCGAUCAGUCCCAGAAAUCCCAGCAGCACUCCAAGGAUAGCAACUUCCUGCCUCUUUGCUCCUCGCUCCUCCUGGAGCUCCCCCCGUCUCCCGCCGUGAUCCCACCGAGUCACAUCACCUCGGCGCCGGCGCCUCCCUCCAUUUGCGGCUCACCUCCGCCGCAGUCCGCCGGAAAGUCGCGGAAGCGGCGAGCCCAGGCCAUGUUCGACGCCGCCGAAAUCCUGGAGACUCUGACGUCCGGUUUGCGACCGAUCACUCCGCCGGCGCCUCCCUUUGCUGAGACCGACUUUGGUCUGGAUUCGGAUCUCAACAUCAAUCGGGUGUUGGAUCUGAUGAUAGAGCAGUGGUGA